CCAACUUGUUUGAUUCUUCUGUAGGCAUCUUGGGUGUUGAGACCAGCGCAGAAAGCAUCGUCAAGAGGUUCGGUUGAGCGGAGGAGGUGAGCAAAUGUCUUUUCCGUCCUCGGGCCUGGUAUCUAGCUCGAGAGACGAUACUGUGACGAGACACGAUGCGCCACCUAAACAGCCUCCUCCAGGCGUCGUCCUGGACAAAGACGGGAAACCAUGUCGAACCUGCACGUCGUCCGCCGCAUGGAUGGCGAUGAUGAAAUCCUCGACCGGCAAAACCACCAAGCCGGUAGUCCCAAUCACCACGCCAGCGUCGGAUUGUCCGCCCGACGUCGAGGAACUCGGUCGGUCUACCUGGACACUCCUCCACAGCAUAGCAGCUACGUACCCUGAAAAUGCCCCUCCGGAGACGCAGUCGAUCACGAAGCAAUUUAUAUCCACAUUUUCAAAACUAUAUCCCUGCUGGGUCUGCGCCGAUGAUUUUCGAGCGUGGAUGGCCAAACCAGGCAACGAACCAAAGGUCAAAGGGCAAGAGGAACUUGGCCAAUGGAUGUGCCAGGCCCAUAAUGUCGUCAAUGUCAAGCUGGGAAAGCCCGAGUUCAACUGCAACUUGUGGAAGCAGAGGUGGAAAGACGGCUGGGACGAUGGCCGAUGUGAUUGAAUGAAAGACACAGGCUUUGAGCGAGGUUUGAUGGAUAUGCACACCUAUUACACCUUCUGCUCUACGACCGGCGAUGGCGCACUAUCUCCUCUCUGUAUAACAGACUCUCAUGUAUAGACUCAUGUAUAGAAUGUACCACGACUAGACAUUUUAUGGAAAAAAGGACAUUUGAAUUAAU